CAUCUGUCGUCUUUUUUGAAAGUCGGUUUUCAGCUCUUGCUAAUCGUAGAAGUUUGUAACAGUAAUUUUCUUCGGGAUGGCAGUUCCACAGCAGCUAAAGGCUAUCCAGCACCAUUUGAGAACAGCGCAGGAGCAUGAUAAAAGAGACCCCGUGAUCGCUUAUUACUGUCGACUUCAUGCCAUGCAGACGGGAAUGAAGCUAGAUAGCAAAACUCCUGAGUGCCGAAAGUUUCUUGUGAAACUAAUGGAUCAAUUAGAAAUGAUGAAGAAGGAGCUCAAUGACAACGAAUCUAUCUCCCAAGAAGUAGUUGGCAAUGCCCACGUUGAGAAUUACGCUUUGAAAAUGUUCCUCUAUGCAGACACUGAAGAUCGAGCAGGACAUUUCCACAAGAAUAUGAUCAAGUCCUUCUACACUGCAAGCCUCCUGUUUGAUGUGUUGAGUGUCUUUGGCGAAUUAUCAGAAGAGAACAUCCAGCACAGGAAGUAUGCAAAGUGGAAGGCAGCUUACAUCCACAACUGCCUGAAGAAUGGUGAGACUCCACAGGCCGGUCCGAUUGGAAUGGAGGGGGAAGCAUAUGAUGAUGAAUUUGGUGCUGAGGGUGGUGAACCUUCACUAGCUCCUCAGGGUCCACCCCAAUCCCAGCCCUCAUUCCACGGCCAUCCAACAAACCAACCCCCAACGUCCAAUUUCAGUAAUAUUCCGAUACCUCCAGGGUCACAUGCCCCAGCAAAUACACCUGCAGAGAUUCCACCUCCAGAAGCACAGCCCAUCAAACCAGUGCCUGUUCCACGUAGCAUGCCAAUGGUCGACCCUUCACUACUAAACAAUACCCAGGAAGGUGACGUGAGGCUCACACCAGAGGACUAUACGCGGGCUCAGAAAUACUGUAAAUAUGCAGGCAGUGCACUGCAGUACGAGGAUGUGACCACUGCUGUCCAGAAUCUGCAGAAGGCCCUCAAGCUAUUAACCACUGGCAAAGAAUGAGACUAUUGUGUCCCACUCUUCCAAAGCCACUUAAUCAGUGAUCUGGUCUUGAGGAACCUUAAAAAAGGCCAUUUCCCCAGCCUCAGCUGUAUCAAAAAGAGACACUCCACAGGACACCCCCACAUCACUCAAUACAACAGCUGUUUCUAUCAUACUGGAUGUCAAUAGCUGCUCAUUAAGAGCCAGAUAAGAUAAAGAUUCAAAACUGAAAAAUCAGGUGCAUGUGAAAGACGCUUUAAAAUUAUGAUAUGUGCACAAAUAUGCAUGGUUUAGGGUGUUUUAAUGUUCGUUUUCUGGCUUCACAUAGUUAGGUUAGAUAUGCAUGGACAUGGGAGCAUGUCCCUUAGAUAUCUAUAAAAGAAGCACUUUUGUGUCUUACCUCAGUCUCUUUGAAACAUUAACGUUGUCCAGAGACAUUUUGCCUUUCAGUUCCCUUCUAUGUAAAUGCUUAAGGUGGAAGGAUUCUGCAGUUAGUUUGCAUAAUCACACUCACAAUUUUUUCUGCCAUUUAGUUAUUUCAAUCAACAAUAAAUCUUGUUUGAUCCGUUUUCAUUUGCUAUGUUUUCCUUUUAUAAUAAUACUCAUGAUAAAGGUCCAGAACAAUACUGAUUUAUUUAUCUUCCAUAUAUUAUUUUGAGCUUUAUAUGUAGUUAUUACAUACUAAUGUUUUCAGGGUGCACACAUGGCAUUGUGUAAACAAUAAGCAUUAUUGUUAGAACCUUCAAAUUAAAGAGGAUUAGAAUAGUUUUAACAACUGUCCUCUAUUUUGACAGCCUGUAACAAAUCCUCAGCAAUGCAAAACCAAAGCCAUUUGAUCUUGCUACGAUUAUAAUUAAAUUAAGAACACGCUUUGAAAUGUAUCACUGUAGUAUUCCUCCGGUUUAACUAAAAGUGCGUUUUGCAUUUUAAGGAGGCUUAAAAAGUAAUUUGUUUUCGGUCUAGAAACAUUAAAUGCGCUGUGAUAGAGAUAUAAGUACUCGGAUCUUAAUGUGCAUAACCAGUUUUGGCAGAAAUUAAACCUUGGUCCAAUCAUUGUGCAUUUUCACAAAUAACUAAUUACAAUAGAUAAUUCCUGUUGUUUUCUGCUCAACCAGUGCAGCUUAUGUUUGAAUUAGCAGUGGUAUGGUCAUUGUUUUCCACCAUGGCCUGUUUUUAGCCUGAAGUGUAAUAGAAAGGGCAUUGCACUUAUCUGGAAGUAGACCAAACUAUCAAUCCAUGCAUCUGCAUUUGCCUGAAUAAUUUUCCUGCCUCAUUGCGGAUGCAAAUCAACAUCAUUUGGGAUUUUCCAUCCUACUUGUCUUACUCUUUUGUUAAGUGGCCGCUUUAAUGGGCUAAUGUGAAUUUCAAGGUGAUAAUUUCUUCAUUCACAUCAAGUUGAUCACUGAUGAAAUCAGUCUAGUUGUCAUACUUAAGUACUACAAUAAAAAAGGAUUACAUGAAUAUUUCACCCAAAACUGGAUAUACUGCAGAUACUAUGAAUGUCUUCCACGGAACACUAAAAGGUUAUGUGAAGGAUAUAUGUUAAUUAUUCUCAGUCACUACUCCCUUUCGCAGCAGCCCCUCCUCCCCCAUUGACUCAGCCCCAGUCUUUGUCGCAACAUGAGAGAAACCGAUACGCUGUGAUGUAAACUAGAUGACCACCUUGUAUGCUGCAUUAUCAUUAAAAUUCACCAUGAAUUACACAAAAAUAUAAUGAGUCAUUUGCAAACAGCAUGCAUCUGGAUCCAGCAAAUGUGUUUUUUUCCUUG